AUGCCGAAACUACGAAAACAGUCUUCUGAACAACGUAGACAACGUGCACGCGAGGCUGUUAGCAACUAUUAUGAAAGGAAUAGAGAAAGCCACAAUCUGAGAACAUCUCAAAGGAGAGCUAUAUUGCGACAAAACGAGGAAUAUCGUCAAAAUGAACGACAAAGGGACCGCAUUUUAAGAUCAUUAAGAAGGUCAGGAUCAUCCUAUAGGAAUAGUGGACGGGAACGAGAUUCUCAAGAGCAUUCUUCCCGACGCAUGGAUCGAACUUAUCAUGUAUUGGAGCAGCAGAGAAAUACUUUAGAGCAUUCUAUUCACCGGGAAAAUGAACAAUAUCGUGAAAUGGAGCGGGUGCGUGAUGCAGUUGCACAUUCUUCUCGUCGCAUGGAUCCGACUUAUCAUAUAGUAGAGCAACAGAGAAAUACAUUGGAACAUGCUAUGCACCGGGAAAAUGAACAGUAUCGUGAAAUGGAACGUGUACGGGAUGCGAUUGCACAUUCUUCUCGUCGAAUGGAUCCCACUUAUCAUACCAUAGAGCAACAGAGAAAUACAUUGGAACAUGCUAUACACCGGGAAAAUGAAGAGUAUCGUGAAGUAGAACGUGUACGGGAUGCGAUUGCACAUUCUUCUCGUCGAAUGGAUCCCACUUAUCAUACCAUAGAGCAACAGAGAAAUACAUUGGAACAUGCUAUACACCGGGAAAAUGAAGAGUAUCGUGAAGUAGAACGUGUACGGGAUGCGAUUGCACAUUCUUCUCGUCGAAUGGAUCCCACUUUUCAUACCAUAGAGCAACAGAGAAAUACAUUGGAACAUGCUAUACACCGGGAAAAUGAAGAGUAUCGUGAAGUGGAACGUGUACGGGAUGCGAUUGCACAUUCUUCUCGUCGCAUGGAUGCAACGUAUCGAACCACGGAGCAGCAGAGGAAUACAAUGGAACAUUCUAUUCAUAGGGAAAAUCAAGAGUUUCGAGAAAUGGAACGUACACGAGAUGCAAUUGCACAUUCACAACAUCGAAAAAUACCAGCUUUUCGCCAAAAGGAACGGGAAAGGGACGCCAUCGCACAUACUUCCAGAAGAUCUAAUCCCAUUUUACGCGCUGCAGAACAGAGACGUAAUACUAUUACUAGGCGAGAAUCAAGGAUGUUAUCGCAAAUUAGUAUGGAAGUCUCUAAUCAAAUGCGAAAUGUUCGAGUAAGAUUACACCGUAUGAAUCCUGUAAAUCGAACAAUUCAGAAUGAAAGGCAGGCGCGGAGAAAUAGGGAAAGUAGACAACGUCUUUCACCAGAAUCAAGAAUGGAAAUAUUAUCAGCAGAUGUUCAUCGUCAUACGAGCAGAAUGCUAGCAGAAUUUAACAAUAACGUGAAAAAAGGGCCGACAGAGGUGUGCGUUUGCUGUGGAGGAUUGUGGUUCCAGAAUCAGGUAUUUUUCUUGUCGGAAAUAUUUCCGUCUGAAAACAAUAACUAUAAAUUUUGCAACACAUGCGUCAAAAUAGUGAAGGGGGGAAAAGUUCCCACUAUAUGCUUAAGCAACGGUUUGCAAUUUCCAGAAAUUCCCGAUCAAUUAAAAAACUUAACCGCUUUGGAAGAAAGGUUUGUGGCACCCAGAAUCCCAUUUAUGAGAAUCGUUUCAUUGGGAUAUAAUCGUCAGUGUGCUGUCAGAGGCGCAGUUGUUAAUGUCCCUAUUCAAGUCGACAGUAUAGUAAAUGUCCUUCCGAGAACAUUUGAUCAAACGGAAGUUAUACAGGUUCACCUAAAACGUCGAUUGCAGUAUAAUCAUAGCUUUAUGACGGAAACAAUUCGUCCCGCCAAAGUUUUUGAAGCAAUUCGCUAUUUAGUAAAUACAGAAUUGUAUCAAAAACACAAAAUUUCCAUAGCUGAAGAAUGGUUACAAAAUGUGGGAUUAUCUGAAGAAGUUCAAUUUUUAGCAAAUAUAGAAGAUCGGGAACUAGUGCAAAAUUUAACAGGUGCAAAUAAUGAAAUAGAUGUAGUUGAAGAAUGUAAUCCUCAAGAAACACUGCUGGAUAAUAUUCCCAUGGAAAAUAUUCCAUUAAGCAGAAUUUCUAUUGCUCCAGGUGAAGGAAAGCGACCACUAGAUAUGCUCAUGGAUGAAGAUGCCGAAGAGUUAUCAUUUCCAACUAUAUAUUGUGGUAUUAAAAGAGUGUGUGAAGCUUCAGUGGCCAAAGUUAUAAGGUCUGAAAUUCGUCGCUAUGACAGGAGAUGCGCUCGAGUUGAUAAGGUACUAUAUUCUUACAAAAAACUAGAAUUAUAUAAAAUUAAGAAUAGUAUCUCAACAUGUUUACGCAAAAAGGUUGGAUCCAAUCGUCACACAGCCAGGGAUAUGUUGGACGAUAACUACAUACAUAACCUGGUACAACACGACGAAGGAUACCAUAUACUUAAAGGUAUUAGGUCUUCUCCAGCUCAUUGGGAAGGAGAGAAAAGGAAAGUAAUGGCAAUGAUUCGACAAUUUGGACUUCCAACCUUUUUUAUAACACUUUCCGCAGCAGAAUCUCAUUGGCCUGAGUUAUUAGUAAUUUUGGCAAAAGUAGUCGAAGGCAAAGACAUUACCGAAGAAGAGGCUAUGCUUUAUACCACUCAACAAAAAUACAACCUUAUCCGCACAGAUCCCAUAACAUGUUCUCGUUAUUUUGAUCAAAGAAUUCGCCAUCUUUUUAAACACUUCAAAGCUAACGGUGGAGUUUUUGGGGACCAUAAAGUUAUUAAAUUUUAUUGGAGGAUUGAGUUUCAGCAAAGAGGAUCACCACACGUUCAUGGGAUAUAUUGGCUUCAAAACGCACCAUCGGUUAAUUUGGCAGAUGAAAAUACUUUUCCAUCCGUUGUAAGCUUUAUUGAUAAAUAUAUUUCAACAGAUUCGAAUAUACCUGAAGUUUCACCUUACAUUCAAUUCCAGGAGCAUCACCAUAGCAGAAGUUGUCAAAGAGAGAUAAGAGGUCAAUCAGUUUGCAGAUUUAAUAUACCAUAUCCACCUAUGUCUGAAACGAAGAUACUUUUACCACUUCCUGAAAACAUAGAUGAAAUGGAAUUGAAAACACAUAAAGACAAUUUUAAUAAAAUUAAAAUUCUUCUUAAUGCCAAAUUAUCAGAGGCGGAGGUAAAUGAUCUACAAACAUUUGAACAAUUUUUAAAUGACAACAGAAUAAAUUUAAAUGUUGAAGAUUAUAUUUUAGCUAUCAGAUCAUCACUAAAAAAACCCCAAAUAUUUCUAAAGAGAUCUUUCAAAGAUCGCUCAAUUAAUGCCUUCAAUCCUAAUAUUUUAGCAAUGCAAAGAGCUAAUAUAGAUAUACAAUUUAUAUUGGAUGCCUAUGCGUGUGUAUCUUAUAUUGUUAAUUACAUUAAUAAGUCGCACAGAGGAGUUUCGAGAUUAUUAAAUGAGGCAAUGGAUGAAAUAAGGUCUGGGAAUUUUACGGUUAAGCAGCGACUUCAACAUAUUGGCAACAAAUUUAUUUCUGCUUCAGAAGUUUCCGGCCAAGAAGCAUCGUACAAUAUUUUGGGAAUGCAUCUUUCACAAUGUAGUAGUUCCGAAGUGUAUAUUAAUACAUUACAUCCGGACAAACGUGUUAGAAUAUUAAAGUCUAGGAGAGAAUUGGAAAAUAUUCCUGGAGAAUCCACAGACGUUUUUCAAAAAAAUCUCUUUGACCAUUAUAUUGCACGUCCCAACGAAAUGGAAGAUUAUUGUCUUGCUCAUUUCGCGGCUUAUUAUAAGUUUUCAAAAUCAAGGCCAUCAAGAAAUCGACGCCAUCAAGAAGAAGAAGAAGAUGACUACAAUGAAAAUAAUGAUUUCAAUGAUGAUAAUACUGAUGGAAAUGAAAAUUACAUUAAGCUUAGAGAUGGGUCUGGUUAUAUCUAUAAAAAAGAAAGCCCCGCAAUAAUACGAUUUCCCUCAUUUAAUGCUGAUCAAAGCAGGGAAAAUUAUUUUCGUGCAUUGGUAAUGUUAUAUAUGCCUUGGAGAAAUGAAAAGGAGGAUAUUUUGGAUAAAGAUAACGAAGAAACUUGCAGAGUUCUUAAGGAUGUUAUCGAAAGAAAUCGCUCAGUUUUUGAAAAAUAUAAAGAAGGAGAGCUCGAAGAAAUUCUUCAACAAAUUCAUAAUGAAAACAUAGUAGAUGAUGAUAACCUGGAAGAGAAUAGAGCUGUAACCCAACUGCUAGAUGACGAAUUUAGAGCCCUAGCUGUUCCUGAAUUAGAUGCAAAUAUAAAUGUUAUUGACAUUAAUGAUGAUUAUAUUAACGCUGAUGAGAGCAAUGAUAUCGUUCGACUAAUAAGACUCCAACCUUUAAUAAGUACUGAUAGUCUAUUGUCUUCUGUAAGGACAUUAAACACAAAGCAACGUAAAUAUCUACAUCAUGUAUUACUAAAUGUUGUACAGAACGUAAAGUUUUGUGAGUAUGUCGGAGGUGGAGCUGGUGUUGGAAAGAGUAGAUUGAUAAAAACUAUUUACCAAUCAAUUUCUAAUAGAUUUAACUCUAUUCCCGGCUCUAAUCCUGAUUUACCCAAAGUAAUACUAAGUGCUCCUACUGGGAAAGCUGCUUUUGGAAUUGGUGGAACGACUCUUCAUUCGUUAUUUUCGUUGCCAGUUAACCAGUACUCAGGAGAAAUCCGUCCACUUAGUAAUGAUAAAGUUAAUUCGCUCUCAUCAUUACUUUUGGAUUUGAAAUUAUUGAUUAUUGAUGAAAUUUCAAUGGUUGGAGCAAGAAUGUUGGGAUAUAUUGAUGCUCGACUAAAGCAAAUUUUCAAAAGUACAUUGCGAUUUGGUGGAAUUUCCAUUUUAGUUUUUGGAGAUUUAAAACAACUACCACCUGUUGGGGACAAAUGGAUAUUCAGCUCGAACUCAUCAAAUCCUUAUGGAGUUAUUGUUGGAGAUCUACUUUGGAACCAAUUUAAAUUUUAUGAACUCACUGAAAUUAUGAGGCAAAGGGAAGAUCGAAAAUUUGCCGAAGCUUUGAAUUCAAUGUCAAGGGGUGAAAUGAGUGACGAAGAAGUGCGCCUAAUAAAAUCAAGAAUUGUAGAUUCUAAUUUUGUAUUUCCCAGUGAAGCUAUUCACUUAUUUUGGUCAAAUUUGGAGGCUGAUCAAUUCAACGAAUUAAAAUUAGGCCAAAUUUUAAAAGAGGAAUAUGAAUCAAGAGCUUUUGAUUUAAUUAAAACGGAAUCUUUGUCGUCGGAGGAAAAAGCUCGUAUUAGAAACGUGGUUAUUAAAAUGAAAACAUCGGAAACACAAGGAUUGUGUACAGAGCUAAAAUUAAAAUGUUCCGCUAAAUACAUGAUGACCAUUAAUAUUAAUACAAGCGAUGGUCUUGUUAACGGAGCUACCGGCAUUUUAAUGGAAAUAGAGUUCCAUAAAGAAACACACAAACCUAUUACACUUUGGAUGCUAUUCCCCGAUGAAAAUGUAGGUAUGGAAGCAAGAAGGACAAAACCACAUCCAACUGAAUCACUUUGGACACCUAUUGAAAAAUGUCGGAAGGAAUUACUAUCCAUAAAAGCCAAGGUGCAACAUAUUCAAAAGUGGUUGUUCAUACUCGUAACCGAAUGA